GUCAGACGCAAGCUGAUAUCUCGUCAGCCCCAAAGUUUCUGGGCAAGCACAGUCCCGUAGAAGCAACGGACGUCCGUGAGGUCUGGCCCCGGAUGUAGAGCGGUACCCUCUGCUGCUCUGACAUUCUUCCGCCUGACGAGGCAGCACAUGUGCAAUGGUACCUGCCUGCAGGACAACUGUGCUCCUAUGACCUCUGGAUUCUGUUUCUUCCCUUGUCUGAGUACACCAUCGAUCUCACCCUCUUCUCCGCAUGACUGGUGCCUGGUCAUGACUGAAGUUUAUCAGUUCCGAAGCAACACCGAGACGCGCCUCCCUACGCGCAUGUCCCUGACGGAGUACCCUAACGCCCGACGCCUUUGUCCUGUGGGUCAGGCGAUGAAGCCAGAAAUGGACCGGCAUUUCUACUGGCAUGGUAUAACAAGCCAUGGCGGAACCGAAUUCGCGCCCGCCAUGGGAGGUCCGCGGAGAUCGCCAGAGGCAUCCGGAACUGCUCAAGGAUCAGCGCUCCACGAUUUAUUCCAUGCUUCCAAGCAUACUCUGCAUAAAUUGAGGCGGAAUUGCCAUAACGGACGGGAAUGUUUCCUUAUUGGGAGCUGCGAGAGAGCUGUGGCGCUGGUUUCACAUUGAAACCGACAAGUUGGGCGGUUUGCUUCGUACGCACCGUCGUCAUCAUGCAAUGAGGUUGUGCUAUAGGAUACCAGGGUCUUCACAUGGAGGCGUGUUCUCAGAGGUGUCUCCAAUCGGAGGCCUUCUUCACUAGCCGAUAACGGACACCAAGUUGCCCAGUGACGACACGCUAGUCAUCUAUCACGGUGGGAGUUCG